AUGGGUCAUCGGCGCUUUACAUCUAGCAACUUACUCAAUGACGAACAGUUCGCUGCCGUAUCGGGUGAUGUUGGUCUCUGUAGAUUUCUGAUAGAGCAAGGCGCCGACCCUCUGUUCGAGAAUCAAUACCACACGUACGCAGUAUUUGAUGCGCUAGUUAAGCCUGAUAAAGCCGCCGAUAUUGCCGUCUCAUUUGGUCGCAUCAACUGCACCAACACGCUGCAAUUCAAGCCCCUGCACAAGGCUGUGCUCGGCCUCGUUCCUCUCCCUUUGGGACCUCUCCUUGACUGCUCUACUGCAGACAUCAACGUCCAGGACCGAGAAGGUCGUACUGGUCUAUCAUGGGCAAUCACAAGGGACGACAUCGAAUCAUCGAGGCUCCUGCUUGGACACGGCGCCGACGUCAUCAAAUCGGACAACCGAGGGUUCGGUCCAAUUCAUUCUGCCAAAAGUCUUCCCAGUCUCAAAUUGUUGCUUGAUCACAACUUGGACAUCAUGUCGAAAACAGCAGUGGGCGCUACACCCCUCCACUUUGUCUCUAGAUAUGGCCGUCACGACAUGAUAGAACCGAUGGUGAAAGCUCAUGCAGAUCAAAAUGCAGAAAAAGAGCGGAACAUCAUCCAUCUGGCAGCAAUUCAUGGAGAUCGCACAAAAUAG